AUGUGGAAACCUUAAUUUUGCUCGGAGAGAUAACUGUAAUAGAUGUGGGACAGAGAGAAAAGAUAAGAAAACUAAAAAACAGGGAAUCGAGAUAGGAUCAAACCUUGCCGAAAAAAGUAAAGGGUUGUUCAGUGCAGAGGACUGGCAGUGCUCUAAGUGCGGCAACGUGAACUGGGCCCGCCGGUCAACAUGCAACCUUUGCAACGGUCCCAAGUUUACCGAAGUAGAAGAACGAACAGGUCUAGGGGGAGGGUUUAAUGAGCGAGGAACGGUUGAGUAUAAACCAUUUGUUGAAUCUGAUGAUGAGUUUGAUGAAUAUGGACGGAAAAAGAAGAAAAAGAAGCAAAAUUCAGUUCAAACUCAGCAACCGACUCCAAGGGUCGAGGAAGAGGUAGUAGAUGACGCAGAGGAUGAGGAGGAAGAGGAGGAAGAAGAAGAAGAUGACGAUGAAGGAGAUUUAUCCAAGUACGAUCUAUGGGGGAACGAAGAUGCAGAGGAGAAGGAUAAGAAUGGGAAGGAAGAGAAAGAGGAGAAGGACGAGAAGAAGAAGAAGAAAAGAUCUAGAUCAGGAUCUAGCUCAAGAUCCAGGUCUAGGUCUAGGUCUAGGUCUAGAUCUAGGUCUAAGGAUAAGAAGAAGAAGAAAAGGAGAGAUUCUAGUUCCUCGAGUGGAUCGAGGUCUAGAAGCCGGGGGAGGAAGAAAUCAAGAUCCUCUAGAUCUUCAUCAUCCUCCAGUAGCAGCAGUAGCAGUAGUAGUAGGUCUAGAUCCCGGAGCCGAGACAAGAAGAAGAAGAAGAAUAAGAGUUCUCGUAAAUCCCGUUCUUCAUCAUCCAGCUCACGCUCAUCUUCGCGGGAUCGGUCAAGGAAACGUAGAUGAGCCAUGGAUGCCAAGAGCGAACCAACAUUUUUAAAAGAAGACACCCUCAUUGAAUCCAACCCAGAAGUGUUGCCAGUUUAUGCAAUCAAAAUCCUUAAACCUUUUAUCUUGUAUCAACAUUUAAUGGAAGCUAAUUCUUAAAUCCGACAUUUUAAACAAAAAUUCAUUUCCCGCGUUUUGUAGGAAAUCCGGGGCUACUAACUGUUUGAUAUUUGUUUAUAUUUUUGUGUGUAAUGGUUCGAAAAACCUGUUAAAGUUAAAUCACUUAGCAAAGCAAAAAUGUUUUUUUUCGACGUUUUCUUUCAGGAUUUAUUUUUUUUAAGUUCGAAUUGUUUUUAACAAAAAUUGGGAAUUAAUAGUAUAGGCAUAAUUGAUUAAUGAAAAUUGGUCCUCAAUAGAACCCCUCUUUUUACCUAUUUUGCACAAUAUUUCUGGAACACUUAUUUCUUUUCUAGCUUGUAAAAGCAAUAUUUGGACUCGUAACAAUGGAACUUCUAUUUUGUCCAUUAUUUCUCAAUUGCACAACUUAAAAAAAUAUUUUUUAUGUCGAAAAGUUGUUUCCACAGUGCUUUUUUAUUCUUUAAUAAUUUUUUUUCAUUGUUGAAUUUUGAUCGCCUGAGAACGCAGUAUUGCAGAUCAACCGUU